AUGUUGAAAAUGGCAAAAGUUGAGCCUGUAGAGCGCUAUUGUAAAGUCAUUCGAAUGAUUCGCUUUUGCGUGGGAUUUUGCGGAAACGAUGUGGCAGAUCCCAAUUUUCGGAUGUGGUGGCUCACCUACGCUGUGAUGGCAGCCAUUGCCUUCUUCUUCGCCUGUACAGGAUAUACAAUUUAUGUGGGAGUGGUCAUCAAUGGAGACCUCACCAUAAUCCUACAGGCAUUGGCCAUGGUCGGCUCCGCCGUUCAGGGACUUACUAAACUUUUGGUAACCGCCAAUAAUGCUUCUCACAUGCGAGAAGUUCAGAAUACCUACGAGGAUAUCUAUAGAGAAUACGGAUCUAAGGGAGAUGAAUAUGCUAAAUGCUUGGAGAAGCGAAUCCGCAUUACAUGGACUCUUUUAAUCGGCUUCAUGCUCGUCUACAUUAUUCUUUUGGGCCUUGUAAUCACCUUUCCCAUAUUCUACUUGCUGAUUCUGCACCAAAAGGUAUUGGUCAUGCAAUUUCUAAUACCAUUCCUCGAUCACACAACAGAUGGUGGUCACCUAAUACUCACGGCUGCUCAUGUGAUUUUAAUUACAUUCGGUGGAUUUGGUAACUACGGAGGGGAUAUGUACCUAUUUCUUUUCGUUACCCAUGUGCCGUUAAUCAAGGACAUAUUCUGUGUGAAGCUUACGGAAUUUAACGAGUUGGUUAUGAAAAGGAAUGAUUUUCCAAAAGUGAGAGCCAUGCUUUGCGACCUGUUGGUCUGGCAUCAGCUGUAUACUAGAAUGCUUCAAACCACCAAGAAGAUCUAUUCCAUAGUCUUGUUCGUUCAACUUUCCACAACUUGCGUAGGUCUUCUCUGUACCAUAUCUUGCAUCUUUAUGAAAGCCUGGCCCGCAGCUCCUCUUUACCUUUUAUAUGCCGCCAUAACUCUCUACACCUUUUGCGGCUUGGGUACUUUAGUAGAAAAUUCAAAUGAGGAUUUCCUAAGUGUGAUCUACACGAAUUGUUUGUGGUAUGAGCUACCCGUUAAGGAGGAGAAACUUAUUAUCAUGAUGCUGGCCAAGGCUCAAAAUGAAGUUGUACUCACUGCAGCCGACAUGGCGCCUUUGUCGAUGAACACAGCUUUGCAAUUGACGAAAGGCAUAUAUAGUUUCAGCAUGAUGUUGAUGAACUAUUUGGGAUAA